AUGUUUAACUGGUUAUUUGGUACCAAGCCUUCACAACCUGCUGUUGCAUCACCUCGUGUCGUUCGUCCGAACACCAAAGACGUCGAGUUGGCGACGUAUCAUGAGAACUGGUCGAUCAACAACUUCACAGAAAAAGACUUCAAACGGAUAUUUAAAAGCCUUUCAUUUCCGGACCUCCUCUCGUGUCGUCUAGUGUGUAAAAAGUGGAGGGACAUCUUAACAGAGACACAGUCAGUCAUAUUGACCGAACCAAAUACGGCUGUCGCAAAGGUCUUUCCUAAUAUCAAAAGUCUUUCUAUCGACCCAAGUGCACGAACUAAUGCGGCAGAUUUAGUGGCUCAUUUGCCUUCUUUGACAUCACUUCGAUGUCCUGUAUUGAAGAUUGAAGAGACAACACUUGCUGCAAUGACCAAUUUAAAAGUGUUGGAUUGUCCUAUGGUGAAGGCUCCAUUUGGUGUUGAGUGCUUGUCAACAAAAUCAAUCGACAAUUUGGGCUCGUUCAAGAACUUGACUGCUCUGACUUUGAUUGGGAUCAGCGAUAAGGACCUCCCAGUGAUCGGGAAAUUGUCUGCGCUGGAAUCUCUUAGUAUCUCAUCAAAGAACUUUACUGGGAAAAUAGAUUCUUUGGUAGAUGUGAGUAAAUUGGUCAACUUAGAAAUCUCUAAAGCGUCGCUUGUGCCCGAGUUCUUCUAUAAUUUGUACCUCUUCCCACAUUUGGAGUUCAUUGGAUUCAUUAAGUGCACACUUCCAGUCUCGCGGAUCAAUCCGCAGACUCCAUUGUCUCAAUUGGGUCCUUCUGAUGGGUUUAUAUUUAUCAUUGGGUGCAAUUCACUGCGAUAUUUGUACUUGAAUGAAAGUGAAAUCACUGAGUACCACAUCGAAGUGAUCUCUCGUAUGGAGGAGUUGAUUGGGUUAUCACUCAAGGGGUGUAAAACACUUGGAGACUACAUGCUGAAUUCAUUCAAGAACGCGCCUUUGUUAGACUCAUUGGAGGAAUUAAAUAUCUCUGAGACUAUGGUCACACAUAUUGGACUUCAAAUAAUCAGUCGAUUUGAAUUCCUUCGAGUGCUCGACAUAUCAAAAUGUGACGGCAUCAAGUUACUUUCACCGAUCAAUGACUUGGAGAAUUUGGAAGUUCUAAGGAUGAGCGAAAAUAGAAUCAACGCAGAGACACUCCAAGACGGGUUUAAAAUGCCACAGGAGUUCCUCCAAGAACUUCUUCUUGACGCGGAACCAAUCAAUGACCCUCUGCUCAUGGUCAUUGCUUCCAAAUUCCCAGGUCUUGUCAAAGUUGAUUUGCGAAAGAGCUCUGUGACGUCCACCGGACUUGAUGUGCUCCACAAUUUGACUUAUUUAAGGUACGUUGAUCUGUCAUAUACAGCAGUGGACGAUAAUGCCUUUGAGUAUCUUCAGAAUCUCGCAUUCAUGGAGAAUUUGGUGAUGGAGAAGUGUUUAAAAGUCACUGGAUUUGGGGCAAGCAAACUCACUAAAGUGCCAGGGCUUCGUGUGCUCAAUAUGAAUGGGUGCAAAAAGGUCGACAUUUCUGGUGUCAAAGAAAUGAGUGAAUUGUCUGUUCAAACGUUGCGACUUUCAGGGUGUGAGUUGAUAGGAGAUGAGGUAUGGAAUUUCCUGAGCCAGAUGGAAGAAUUGAAGCGUGUUGAUUUGAGUGGGACGCCUGUUGGGGAUCACGGCAUCCAACAAAUUCAAAAGGCCAAAUGGUUAGAGGUGAUUUACUUAUCGAAAACAAAGGUGACUGAUGAAGGCGUUUCUGAACUUUUGAAGUGUCGCUUAUUAAGGAAAAUAGAUGUGAGAGGAUGUAAUGUGGUUAAACAAUAUAAGACUGCUUGUGUGAUAAUGACGUCGGAACUAGAACAACUUAAAAAACCCGUUUCCAAGAAGAGUAAGAAAGAAAAAGUCCAAAAAGAGGAGAAGAUGGAAAAAAUUGAGAAAAUUGAGAAGUAA